AUUCAUAAUUUCCAUCUCAAAUCUCAUAUUCAAAUCAAAUCCCUAAAUCCCCAAAUUUCAUUUCGCCCCCCAAAUUUUCCACCAAAAAAAUGUCUGGUCGUGGCAAGGGAGGUAAGGGACUCGGAAAGGGAGGUGCAAAGAGACACAGGAAGGUUCUUCGGGACAACAUCCAAGGUAUCACGAAGCCAGCAAUUAGGAGAUUAGCGAGAAGAGGAGGUGUGAAGAGAAUCAGCGGUUUGAUCUAUGAAGAAACACGUGGAGUCUUGAAGAUCUUCUUGGAGAACGUGAUUCGUGAUGCUGUUACAUACACAGAGCACGCAAGGAGGAAGACUGUUACUGCUAUGGAUGUUGUUUAUGCUCUCAAGAGACAGGGAAGAACCUUGUAUGGAUUUGGAGGGUGAAGAAGAAGUGUUCUUAUGCUUUUUCUUAUAAACUAUGUGUAAUUUGAAUGUUUGAAUUUUCCUUAGAUGUUUGUGAUAUGAUUAGGUUUAUUUUGUAAGCUGUAAAUUGGAUAUGAGAUUGAAACAUGUUCAACUUUACUCAAACUUUGAAUUGAAAUCAAAUGAAGGAGCAGUGUUUGUUCGGAUUUAA